CAACAAAAGAUACCUCUCUCAGUUACACAAUUCGCGGUCGUCUGUUGACAACUCGGUUCUAUUCCCCAACGUACUAAUUUUAUUAAACGGCGCAAAGAUCACCUACUUUAGUCCCAGCUUUAGCACAAUUCGAAGUAGUCGAGAAAGAAUCAUCCUAAAGAGAAAAAUGACGAUUCCAACUCACGCAAUCCAAGGCGUUAUGGGCUCCAAAUUAAAAGAUAUUUACAUGGUUUUGAGCUUUCAAUUAAUAUUGUUAGUUCUAUUCGGAUUUUUCGUUCGAUAUGAAACUAACGAACAUCAUUAUGAACUCCAAGUUUAUCCGAUGUUUCAAGAUGUUCACGUGAUGAUUUUUAUUGGUUUUGGAUACCUGAUGACUUUCCUGAAACGAUAUGGAUUUAGCGCUGUCGGUUUUAAUUUUCUUUUAGCUGCGGUUAUAGUUCAAUGGGCUUUGGUAUGUAAAGGAUUUUAUAACCUCACCAGCGAUUAUAAAAUACUUAUUAACGUUGGAAGUUUAUUAAAAGCGGAUGUUGCGUCAGCUACCGUGUUAAUAUCGAUGGGAGCUCUUCUAGGAAACACUUCAUAUCUUCAAUUAAUAAUAAUGGGAAUAAUUGAAAUUGCAGUGUUCACGGGAAAUUCCUAUCUUGGAUCUAACGUUUUUAAAGCUGUUGAUGCGGGGGAUUCAAUUUUCGUCCAUGCAUUCGGAGCUUAUUUCGGAUUAGCUGUGAGUUUUAUUUUGUGUAGAAAGAAGGAUAUCGAAGAGGAAUCGUCGCUGGAAGGAUCUAGUUAUAAUUCUGAUAUUUUUGCAAUGAUUGGUACUGUGUUCUUGUGGAUGUUCUGGCCAAGUUUUAAUUCCGCCGAACUCGAGGGAGACCAAAAACUUCGAGGAAUAGUUAAUACAUAUUUAGCUUUAACAUCAUGUUGCGUAACAGCGUAUGCCCUUUCAGCUGCAAUGACCCCAAAUCGCAAGUUUGAUAUGGUGCACAUUCAAAAUUCAACCCUUGCAGGUGGAGUGGCAAUUGGAACGAGCGCAAAUUUACUCAUCCAACCAUACGGUGCUAUUAUUGUUGGAAUUGUUGCCGGGGCACUCUCUGUAUUUGGAUACAGCGUUUUGACGCCAUCCAUUAAUAGAACACUCCGCGUUCACGACACGUGCGGUGUCCACAACUUGCACGGAAUGCCCGGAGUGUUGGCUGGUCUCGUGGGGGCUCUGAUGGCUGGAAUUGCCUCAACGGACCGAUACGGGCCGCAAGUGUACGAGCUAUUUCCGGCUAGAGCCCCAACAAACACUUCUUCUCUUACCGACAACAUCGAAGCAAGGACCGCCUCAGUACAGGCCGGAUAUCAAAUUCUUGCCGUCGUUGUCACUGUAAUAAUAGCCAUCGUAUCCGGUCUAAUAACAGGACUUAUAUUAGAUGUAGUGGCUCAUUUUCCAACGAAAAAUGCGUACGCCGACGACCCCUGUUGGUUGAUACACGAACCCCAUUCGGAUUCGAAAUCGGUAAAGACGCAACCUGCGGACGAAAUUCAUUCGAUAAACGACUCACCGAUGGAACUGGACGUUUCAAAAUUACCCCAAUAAUAAAAAAAAAUUUUAUAUGAAAUUUAUUCUCAUCAGUAAACAACAUAUAGAAAAUACAAUGCUUCACAAACGUUUUAAACCUAAAUAACAACAUGUUUAAAAAAUAGUAUCAUUUUCGAUAUCGUUGAUAAAAUAGGGGUGUGUUUGUGGGGUUUGUUUCAGUACAUACUAAAAAAUUCGCUAUCAAUUAAACUUUUUAAGGAACUUAGACAAAGCUAAACUACUAAUAGUAAUCUUUAAUACAUUAAUUUUCUAAAUGUAAUUUAAAAAGAAACGAAUUAUGAAGUGUGCGAAUAUAAAAUUAAAAAAAAAUAAUUAUGCAUGGAGAUUUUGGUUUCAUUAUUUACAAUGUUUUCUUAGCACCUAAAUAUAAUUCGAGUGGACCACGAUACGCAAUUCCGUUAACGUUACAUAUAUUACAAUUCUCAAAUCUUAUUCUAAAUAAUAAAAAAGGAAAAUUAAUAAUGUUAAUAAUGAAAGGCAGUUUUAAAGUAAAUUGAAAAAUAAAAAGUAAUAGUAACGCAAAAUAAAACAUGGCUUGAGAUGGAACAAAGUUACAUUUAUACAUUUAAUACAUCUGACGCCACCAACAUCUACAAUAGAUAUGUAUGACCACAGAUUACUUCAUUAUCCACCAAUUAUUACAUUCAUAUAUAUUUUUUAAGAUUAGUUAAGCAUAAUAGGAGUAUAAUUAGGUUUAACAGAUAAAAUUGAGCUACAGCUAUAAUAGGAUUUUAAUAAAAAUUGAACACAUUUUGCCUUUGUUUCUUGGAAAGGA